CAAAUACGAUCUAAUCAAUAAGUUGUAUCUUCGAAAACACAAGUUAACUGGCGCUAACAAGUUACUAACAACGUUAGCUAAACGCCCACUUUUAACGGCAUAAAAUGCUAGCCUAUAAAAUAUAAAAGGUACAAUGCUGAAACUUUCAUAAAUCAGAAAGUUUUGAUCGUAAAAUAAUCCAAAAAUAUUGUUGGAGCAGAAUGCUAAAAGUAGUAAGCGUAUUUUGUCUUGCUUUCAAAGCGACAAUUAUGGAAUAUUUGAAAAACACCAGCCUUAGCGGAUUCCAUUUACUACAUUUUAUAAGCCACAGGAAAUAUCAAAGAAUAUUUUGGUCCUGCUUCCUUAUGGCUGGCAUUAUCAGCGCUUUGUAUGUAACAUUUGUAAGCGUACGAAAUAUUUUGGAACAACCGACUGUAACCACCUUGGAGUCCAAUCAAUAUAGCAUUGAGAAAGUACCAUUUUCUGCAGUGGCUGUGUGCAGUGUCAACAAAUUUAGUCGCAGCGCGGUAAAUGCUUUUGUAGAGGAACUACGCAACAAAUCCGGUUUCCAAAUAUCACAACAACUACUAUUGCAGAAAAUGAAAUUAUUCGGUGGCCUGUUUGAUACUGGCUCAGUGGACUUCAAAGAAGCUGCGUCCUUUCAACGCGAAUUUUUAGACAAAUAUAACAUCAAAAUUAAGGACACUUUAGUGAAGGUGAGAUACAAGAAUGCAGUCAACUUAUUGAAAAACACUUCACGGCGAGUGGUUUCUGUUGUACCUUCAAUUAUAUCAGAAACUCCAAAAAGAGAACGUAAGACAUACGUAAUUGAUUUUUGUUUCUUUUUAAUUUACAACAACUAUUUAUUUAUUCCACAAAGUACCGAUGGUCUCAAGUAUAUAGAAGGUAUCGGUGUUGAACAAGGGCUCACGUUACUUUUAAACACCUCCAAAGCAGAUUACUUCUUUACGGAUCGCAGUUUUGCCGGUUUUACUAUGCAAUUUUUCAAUUUCGGUGAUUUCCCCGACAGUUCGAUUGGUGGCACAGUGCAAGAAGCGUUUAUACCACGAGGUGGCGCGAUUGAUUUACGUUUGAGUGUCUUCUCGCAAACGGCGACCAGCGAGAUGAGAUUGUACGAUGUCAAGCGUAGACUUUGUUUUCUCUUUGGCGAAAAUGUCGAUAGUGAAGAUGAAAAUUACAGCACCGAUAAAUGUAUGACACGUUGUAAGGCGCAUGGCAUGUUACGCCUUUGUGGUUGCGUACCGUAUUAUAUACCAUCGGAUUUUCUCGGACGUAGUGAAAAUAAUUUCACCUACUGUACACUGGCACAUUUAGAAUGUUUGUAUCGGAAUCGAGUUACUCUCAACACAUACAGCCUGCUCGAACAUCGUACUGUGUCAAAUCGUUCACUGCAAUGUGCACAUUGUUUGCCAUUGUGUAAUUUUAAUUUUUACAAUUUUCGUAGACUAACGAACUUACUAAGAGAUGUCUAUCAAAGACCAGAGAAUGUAGCAUUUAUUAAGUUAAUUGGAAGGCAAGGAAGUGACGACAAAUUUAAUUAUACUUAUGAUUCGUUAAUCACUUUGAUAAAAGAAACGGAAGAUCUGAGUAUUGUGAAAAUCUAUUUUGAUUCUUUGUACGCGGUACUAUUUUCAAAACGCUCACUCUACACUUGGUAUGAAAUAUUAUCAAACAUUGGUGGAGUUAUUGGCAUAUUUAUGGGAUGCUCACUCGUUAGUGCAUUUGAGGUUAUCUACUUUUUCAUCAUAAAGUUGAUAAAUAAAAUGAGAAAAUAUUAUUAAAUAGAAAAAAAGGGAGAAAAAAUGAAUAAUCAACCGAAAGCUUUAACAGCUGUAAAUUAAAAGAAAAAAAUAAAUACGAAAUUAAAAAAAAAAUUCUUAUUAUAAAAACAAAUAUUAAAAAUUUAAUUUA